UUUUUAUUUUUUAUUUCGACGAAAUAUGGAAAUACCAGAAAGCCUCUCCCAGUUCCCUAUCGCGGAGGGCCUGAGCUUGGCGCUUUAAACAAAAGGGUUGCUGUCUGUGUGCAUCUGAGCGACCACUGCCAGCAUUUGGAGGGGCUUCCAAAAAAUUCAAUGACUCAUGAAUCUGAUGGUGCAUCGGUAGGAACUUCUCUUGUAGAUAUGAGUCAUCUUUUUGGACAGGAUGAUGAUGAUGAUGAUGAUCAAAGGACUCCAAAUUCUUGUAAAGAUGGAUCAAGUCUAGUCCAACCACAUGAGCCGUAUGUGGGUCAGGAAUUCGACUCACAAGAAAGUGCACUGGCAUUUUAUAAUGCCUAUGCCACUCGUAUGGGUUUCGUUACUCGUAUGAACGAUAUGUAUCGAUCCAAACACGAUGGAACCGUCAUUGGGCGGACAUUGGUAUGCAACAAAGAGGGUUUCCGAAAGCCUGACAGGCGUGACAAGAAGACCCUAAAGCCUCGGGCUCAAACUAGGGUAGGUUGUAGGGCAAUGCUGUCCAUCAAGAAACUCAGUGUUGGGAAAUGGGUUGUUACAUGGUUCGUUAGGGAGCACACUCAUGCAUUGACUCCCAACAAAGCUCUAAAAGGACUGGUCAAUGAUCAAGUACCGGACGAUAAGACAAAGAUUGCAGAGUUAACUAACGAGCUGUUCCUCGAGAGAAAGCGGUCUGCUGCACUUAGAGAAAUAGUUGAUCUUCUAUUUAAUCACAUUGAGGAACAUACGCAAGACCUGUCGAAGAAAGUUCAGCAUGUUGUCGACAAUGUCAAGGAGCUUGAAUCAGAAGGGAAAAACCGUCGUAGCCUAGGAUAGGCCUGGCAUUCUAAUGUACAUCGAAUAUUUUCACAUUAGUUUGAUACUUUCUAUUUUAUUUUGCGGAAGAAGUAUUACUUUGAAAUCUUAAGUAUGAGUUAGCUGUGUUUUGUUUGAAA